AAUUUUUUCUAAAUUAACAAGCAAUAUAAGUAAUUAAAUAUGGAUACUCAUGAAGUCAUUAUUUAUAUAUUCACGCUUUUUCGCCGUUGCUGAGAUACCGACAAUCCCUAACAAUACCGAGCAUAAAGAGAACUUUGUCUUCCUUUAUUGUCGUUCGCUGUAUUCUUAAACAAGUAAUAUAUAGAUUACAACAUUUUGUUUUCAUCAAAAUUUCAAUUAUGUCCAACGUAACGUAUGAUAAACUUUGGAAAGACGCUCAAACAGCGUUAAAUGAACUAAUUCAAGUGGAUACAAAUUUGCAAAAUGCGAAGCCGCAAAGAGACUGUAAAAAAGCUCGUUAUGUAAAUUCUGAAUUAUACGUAAAAUACAUUAUUAUCGCUAACAAGCUUGAGAUAUGCUACGAUCAAGUAGUGCAGCCGCAAAAACGAUUGUUAAUAAGACAAUUACUGGAUUCCUGUCUUGGCAGGGUUUUGGAAUUGAAACACGAUUUAGUCGAAAUAGAUCUCUCGGAGUACACUUAUUUUGAUGAUAUUCUAAUAAAUUUAGAUAUUACGCCGCAAGAAAUUGAGAUUCGAUUGCCCAGAUAUUUUCGAAGGGAACGUUCGAAAGAAAUCAUGGAAAGGCGAAACUUUAUAGAAAGUACUUUGAAAUCUAUUGAUGCGUUAGAUGAAGUAAUAUUGCCAAAACAAAUGAGUGAAUUGGAAGCUGUAAAACUUAUACAGGCUCAUGAACGCGCAAGACAGGGACGGUUAAGAUUUCAAUUUAUGAAAGAAAUCCGUAAAAUGAAAGAGAGAUCGACAGUCAAGCCAGAAAUGGAUAUCCUGGGCGUGUUGUGUGAAAAAACAGCUGCAAUGAAAAUUCAAAAAGUGUGGAAAGGAUAUGUUACUAGAAGGAAAGUGCGGAAAAGACGCCUGGAUGAAAUGUUACUGAUUGGUAUGCUUCAACCUAGUCAGGAAAUCACUGAAACCGCUAGACAAGCUGAGAAAGUUAGACAAGAGAGAUACGAGAAACAAAUUGAGUACCAAAAAUUAUAUGAAACUUUAUUGAUCGAGACGAAAGAGCAGAUCCAGAAAGAGAAGAGUGCUAUAAUGGAGGAGAAUAUUAGAAGAGAUAUUCGAAACUGGAUAAAUACAUAUUUUCAACAAACUGGAAAAAUUCCUGAUUUGCCAUCUGUUGAAAGUGGAGGGUCCAGAAUUAUAUUUAGUAGACAGGGAACUGAAAGCACUAUAAGCAAGUCUACAGCAGUAUCCUCAAAAGAAUCGAAAAAGUCAAAGAAAUCAAAAGCAAAAAAGGACAGUGAAACCGAGCAAUCGGAAGAAGAAACAGAACAAGGCUUCAAAUCAAUUCCUUCCAAUUUUUUGGCACAAUUAGUACAUGCUAACCAAGAAUAUCAGGAUGUAUGGAAAAAUAAAGAUGAAUCUAUGAAUGCCACACAAAUACCAUAUGUAAAUAUGAUAGAAAAAGAAAAAACUGAUGAAGUCGAACAUGAAGUUAGAGUUGUUGUAGAUCAAGCUCUAAGAGGUGAUAUCGAAGCAUUACAAAAUGCAUUAGACAGAGAUAAGGGGUUAAAAGGUAAACGUACAAAAAAAACACAAAAACGAAUUCGUCGUAGUGGCAAGAAAAAUAAGAAAAGGAAAGAGAAGGAUUUAACUCCUGAUAGAACAACAGAGUCACUAUUUGAAGAAUUGUUGACGCAAGGCAUUAUUAAACUUCAUCCAGAAGUUGCACUUAACGAUUUCAAAGGCGAAAAGUCUUUCGUCAAUAGUACUUUAAGAGAGGACGGGAAAGAUCCUUUGCCAGCAAUUGGAGACAUAAGACAAUUAAUAGCUGAAUACUGCAUAAUUCCUCUCGGAAACAGUACCCUCAGAGAACUUACACCUUUGAUAAGAUCGGUAUUAUUAGCUGGACCACAUGGUAGUGGAAAAAAGAUGUUAGUUAAUGCAAUUUGUACAGAACUUGGUGCUACAUUAUUUGAUAUUACACCAGCUAAUAUUGUCGGGAAAUAUCCUGGAAAAUCAGGAUUGAUCAUGCUUGUUCACUUAAUAUCAAAGGUGUUCCAUGAUUUUACUUCUACAAUGAAUAAUUUUAAGGAACCAUUUAUAUUUCAUGUAUAUAUUUCUUCUUUCUAUAUGAAGGUAUCGCGUCUAUUACAACCAUCAGUAAUAUUUAUGGAUGCAGCUGAAAAACCAUUUGUUAAAAAAGUUCCAAAAACAGAUAAAACUGAUCCCAAACGAUUAAAAAAGGAUUUACCUAAAUUAGUGAAAAAUAUUACAAACGAAGACAGAGUAAUUCUUAUUGGAACAACAAGCUCCCCAUGGGAUGGGGAUCAGAAACUUUUAUAUCAAACUUAUGAUAAAGUCAUAUACAUCCCCAGGCCAGAUUAUGGAAGCAUGUCUCUUGUGUGGAAAGAUUUAUUGCACAAAUAUUCUGGAAUUAACAGACAAUUUGAUACGUCCGUUAUGACCAAAAUUUGUGACGGAUUCACUAUUGGUACCGUACUAGCAUCAAUUAACGAGGUAAUGACCACAAAACGGAAGGUCCAAUUAAGAACUCAUCCUUUAACUCAUGUUGAAUUAAUAAAUGCACUGAGCGCAAAGGAUCCAGUUUAUAAAGAAGAAGAAGAUGCUUUCUUAGCAUGGCUCACAAAAACGCCAAUAUAUCGCAAAAAACAGCGCAUGCAUGAAUUAGAAUUGCAACAAUUGGAGGAAGCGAACGAAAAGCAAAAAAGAAAAGGAAAGAAGUCAUGAAUACAUUCGCUAUUAACAUUUUAAAAAAAUGAUUUGGUUUACAUAACCGUCUAUAACAUUAGUAUAAAUUUUAAAAAUCGAUAAGCCAUUAAAAUACGUAUUACCUAAUUACCAAUUUUAAACAUGGACGUUUGCGUUGGGUUUUGUUCGACAGAUCAUUUAUAUCAUUUUCAAUUGAACUGCAAAAAAAGGAAGUAUCGUGUAAUAUCGCCUGUUACCUGUAUGAAUCACUUCAUCUUGCGUUGAAAAGGAGUCAAUGCAAAAAUUAAUGAAAAAUUAAUUGACAUGCAUAAGUAAGAUGGUGAUGCGAAAACUGUUUAUACUCAGUCAAAAUUUUGCGAAACAAGAAAAGCUGCCUACAUUUGAAUUCGAAAAAGAUCAUGAAUCACUCAAGAAUAUUCAAAAGAAAUAUUUCCUAUAUAUUACAUGAAUGCACAGUUAGAAACAUUUUUUUCCCUUUAACACAUUACAUGUAUAUAUGUAUGUUCAGUUAGUUACUCCUCCCUCUAUUCCUUGGUUUUUUCUCAAUUGUAAUUUGAUGAUGUAACUCUUAUAAGUAAAUAAAAAUAUUUGUUUCAAU